AUGUCCUCGCCAGGCUCUCCUCCCCGCGACUCUGACGGGGCAGCUCCCCGGGCUGCGUCCCCUAUCGCCGUCCACCCUCCUCCUCCUCCUCGGCACGCCGAAACGUCCAAUCCGGAACUCGACCUCCAGAAGCUCCAGUCGCUCCCCGCCGAGCAGCAGGACCUGUUUCUCCUCAACUUCGUCUCCGCCCUAACCAAGCAUGUCCACGACCUGUCGGCAGACGACUGCACCGCCCAGCAGUUCUACCUCAAGAAGGAGGUCUUCCAGGUCAUCAACCUCGCCACGCCCUCGCCGAGCCGCGUCAUAAGGACCAAUCUGGGCAAGAUACUCGCCCAUGUCUUCGGCAAGGGCGAUAGGAAGCUACUCUUCGACACCAUCAACGAGCUGGUCGCCAUCGCUUCCGGCGGCAAGACCAAGACCGACGCCGAGAUCCGAACCAAGCACGCUGCCGUUAGCUGCUUAGGCGAUGUCUAUGCUGCUGCCGGUGACAGCGCCAUCGGCUUGCACCAGCUGGUCUGCGGCACCCUCGUCAAGCUGCUCAAGUCGUCCCAGACCCAUGCCGGCUUCCGCGCCGCCGUCCUCGUCUCCCUGGCCAAGAUUGUGGGUAUGGUGCGAGGGAGUCUGGACGAUACUAUCGCGAGAGACAUCUGGAAGCAGGCGCGAAAUGCGGCAUCUAGCGACAAGGGGUCUCUCGUCGUAACGUCCGCCUGUCGCUGUUUGAAGCUGCUGUCGAAGUACACCGCGCACUUCGACAAUUCGGGCGAUUUCGAAAACCUCAAGUCAACUAUUUUCAAGGCCAUCGACUCGAGCUCCUCGCACGUGAGACAUGCUGCUGCUGAUUGCCUGGCUGAGGCCAUGGUGAAGAACCACUCCGAAUCCGCGCUCGCGGCCGGCUCCGCGCCCAAGAUCAAGAAGCCCAAGUCCAAAGCCAGCAAGAGGAUUUCCACCCAGUCAGGCGUCGUGCUCGACGAGGAUGAAGAGAUCCCGUCGCGGCCUGGGAGCCCGGCACCCGGGAAGAAAAGCCAGGAUCUGGUGCUGUCGCUGAGCGACAUCUUCAGGACCCUGAGUGCCCAGUACGUCCGGUUGUCUACCGCUAAUAAGGCCAGAGCGGCCAUCGGUGUUUGUUACGGUAGGGUUCUCAAGCGGCUGGGAGAGAAGUUCGUCGAAACCAACUAUCUGAGGAUUGUCGAGCACCUCACCGUCGACCUACUUGGCCACCAAAACAUUAUCAAUAAUCGGUAUAGGCUCCUCAUAUCGCGUCGCAUUGUUGAUACUAUCCUACAAGUCGUGCUCGGCCGCAAGAUUCUGGGCGAGUCGGGACAGAUGUCCGUAGCUAAGGUGCUGAUCAACGACAUAUUGAAGAAUUAUCCUCAAGUAGUGAAAGAGCGGCCCGAGCCGACGAAGUACACCUUAACUGCUUCCCUCGGCGCCCUGGCUUCGCUCAUCCGAUCGCUCGGGUCUGCUGCGAACAACUUCGCCGAAUCCUGCCGCGACGGGCUCCUACAGAUAUUACAGCAUCCCAGCUAUAGCGUUCAAGUUUCCGCUUCAUAUUGCAUGAAGACCUUUGUUCUAGCGUGUCCGCAGCAAUUAUUGCCGUGUUUAUCCGUCUGUAUGAAUAGCCUCAGUAGGGAGCUGUCUCUGCUCGGCGGCCCACGGAGCUCACCUAGAAGGUGUAUCGGGUUUGCUUACGGGUUGGCCGCAACUCUCAGCGCGAGUCCGGCUCGUCCUCUGUACGGCUCCCUCGAUAUUAAUAACCGAGUGUAUUCCAUGGCGACGAACCUCCUUAAGACGAGCGGGCAGUCGGAGCUUCGCGUCUCGAGUAGCCAAGUUCAGGUCGCGUGGAUUCUCCUCGGGGGUCUCAUGUCUCUCGGACCCAACUUUGUCAAGAUACACCUUUCUCAACUGCUCGUGCUCUGGAAGAAUGCCCUCCCCAAACCGUUGGCCAAAGACAAUUUCGCUCAUCGCAAUAUCCUCGAAGUUUCCUACCUCACUCACGUUAAAGAAUGCGCGUUGGGCUCUAUUCUCUCUUUCCUCCAGUUCAACGGCCGCUUGCUGACGGUCGACGUGUCGAAGCGCAUCGCCACCAUGUUGCAAAACACCAGCGCAUUCCUCAAGAUGCUCCCUCAAAAGAAGACUACCGACGACAUUGCCCAGAGGUUGAUCCCCGCUUUGCAACUACAAGAUCUAGAUAUGAUGGUACAGCGACGGGUCCUACAAUGCUACAUCAUGCUAGUAAACCAGAGCCCCCCCGGGGGCAGCGAGGCAUUGCUCCAAUCUAACCUCCUUACCCUCGCCAUAUCCCUCUUCGCCGAUCCUGAGAACUACGCAGCGAACUCGUUAAGCGCCUCCAUCGCCAACGCCGCAGGGACUUUUGAGACCAUCUGGGAGGUCGGCGACAACUCUGGCUUCGGGGUCAACCAUCUCGUUCGUGGCUUUAAAGUCAAGAGACUCCCCGGGCAGAAGGACGAAACGGCCGAGAACCCGGAAACCGACGAGGCCGACGCCGACGGAAUCAUCGAUGGCCUCCUCUUAUCUCCAAUCUGUCCAUCGCUAGAACACGAUGCCGCCAUCCUCUACGUGGGCGAGGCGGACCCGUCCAUGCGCCUUCCAGAUCCCGCGGCCACCGAGGUCGUAAAUAUGGCCAUUCAACUAUUCGCUUUCGUCUUCCCCCUAACGCCAGCCAAAGUCCAGGAGAGCGUUCUCGAGCAGAUCGCGACGUUCGUCUCGGCUGGCUCCUUGCAGCGUGACCCUGGACGCAAAGCGGCUAUCAACGUCAACGUUGCCUGUGCCCUGCACUUUGCGUUAAUCGUCGCGGUCAAGGAGACGCAGUCUCCGUCUGGCGAUAUCACGAACAUAGCGGUGGAAAGACUCCUGCAGGAGAUGGCCAGGGGGUUCGUGGUCGACCCAGACCAGUAUAUCCGCAGCUUAGGCUACGCGGCGAUUGCUCGCCUCUGCAACGCUUGUGGUAACUCGUUCACCAACAGCGAGAUCAAGUUCCUAGUGGACACCAUCGUGAGCAAUAGGGAGCCCACCGCUCGCGCGGGAUGCGCAAUGGCCCUCGGUUCCAUCCAGGCCAAAGUCGGCGGCAUAGGAGUAGGGUACCAUCUGAAAACCAUCACUGGCAUCUUGAUGUCGCUGUGCAAUGAUCCGCAUCCGACGGUGCAUUUCUGGGCUCUCGAGGCGCUGGCCCACUCGGCCGACGCUGCCGGUCUGGGCUUUUCCCCGUAUGUUUCUGGGACCUUGGGGAUGGUGUCCCAGCUCUAUCUUUCCGACACCCACCACCCCGAAGUAUCCUCUGCGAUUUCCAUGAGCCUAGAGAUGGAGCUGUCAACCACCGCCGCGAUAACGCGCUGCCUCGAUUCCAUAAUAAACGUUGUGGGCCCAGACUUGCAAGACUCUACGAAAUCGCGAGAGCUGAUUCUCGCCCUUAUCGGACAGCUACAAAGCGAAGAGGACAUUCUGGUGCAGCGCGAAAGCCUAGCGUGUCUGGAGCACUUAUCCCUAUACGCCCCGGGGCACAUGGUCUUCGGCGACUACGUCCGGACGCUACAGAAAUAUCUCAACUCCGAAGUCCCUAGCCUUCGGGAUGUGGCGGUGGACGGACUUUAUAAUCUGAUGAAGAGGGACUCUCGCGACGUGCUCGAAGCAGCGGAGCCAGGCUUCGAGGAGCAGCUAUGGUUCGUCCUCGACGUAUCGCCCGACCACGACGGGAUUCGCAACGUCAUCCGUAACUGGUUGCGCCAGACCGCCUUGACGGAUACCGGAUCUUGGCUCGCCCGCUACCAGAACGUGCUGAAGAUGACGCGGCCGAAAGCAGCCGAGGAACCGCGCAGCACCAUCAAGCCAAGCGCUACCAUCGAUCUGCAGGACGAGGAGGUCGCCGGUUUCGCUGCCGCCGCCGGGGCCGCUAAAGACGAGAAGGACUCGGCGUCGAGCUCUGAGAUGGAACCUCUGCGUUGGCAAGUGAGGACGUUCGCGAUGAGCUGCCUUAACGAGAUAUUCGUCCUGAUCAACAAGGAUAUCGCAAUAAAUGGAGAGUCGCAGGCCCAGUCUGUCCUGCAGGCGAGGAUCGCAGACGUCAUCCGGAUGGCAUUUUCGGCCUCGACGUCGAGCGUGCUAGAGCUGAGAAUAUGGGGGUUGAAGAUCAUCGGCGCUGUGCUGAGGAUGUUUGGGAAGACUCCGGAUCCCGACUUCGACGAAGCAAUGCUUCUCGAGCAGUACCAGGCGCAGAUCGGCUCGGCAUUGACCCCUGCUUUCGCUGCCGACUCUUCUCCUGAGCUCGCCGCGGAGGCCGUCAACGUGUGUGCCGCUUUCAUCUCGACUGGUAUCGUGACGGACGUGGACCGCAUGGGCCGUAUUCUGAAGACACUCGUCACGGCGCUCGAAAACUUCUCGACGGACGUAGAGAAUGCCGGGAUCGGCGACCUGAAAGGUCUCAGCUCCAACGCCCAGGUUAUGGUCAAGAUGUCCGUGUUUUCGGCCUGGGCGGACCUUCAGGUAGCUAGCUCGGAGCAGAAGUACCUGCUUGAUGUGUUAAAGCCUCACAUCGGGACGCUUACACCGUUGUGGCUGGCUUCACUGCGAGAAUUUGCCCGACUGAGGUUCGAGCCGGAUAUCUCGAUGACUCUCGGCCCGCCGUCCAUGUCUGGUAGCCUAGACACUAUAUAUGCAGCCCUCAACCGGGAGACACUGCUUAAGUUUUAUCAAGAAUCAUGGCUUAAACUGGUUGACGCCAUCGCAAGCCUCAUAGAGCAAGACAGCGAAUUCGUAUUCGACGCCCUGGACGGAAAGGAAGCCGACGCAUCGGCCCCCAACGGGAACGCUAAGAGCGCCGACAUUAACUACCGCGACGAGCCGGUUGCCUUCUUCUUUGUACUAUUCGGGAUCGCCUUCGAGGCGCUCGCGACGAGGUCGAACCAAGCCGAUUCGCUGGCCACCCAGGAGCAGACGCUAGAGAUACUGCAGGCUCUUAAGAAGAUUUUGCACCCCAGCGUCUCGGGCCACGCCAUCUACCGAGACGCCAUCUUCUCCGAGACGAUGGAUCUGCUAGACCGUCUCGUCCUGACCGAGAGGCUCGACGUGCAGGGCGUCAUCGUCGAGAUUGCUCGCGCCCUCUGCGUCGCCCACCCCUCGGCGAGGAAGCAAGAGCAGGCCGAGGAGGGCGACUUAACCGAAGACAUCGAGCAACUCUUCGAGCUCACGAGGAUCAUCGUAUUGGUGCUCUCGGGGCUGUUGCCGAAUUUGACCGGAGCCAACCAACCGGUGCGCCACCAUCUGACCGAAGAAGCCGUCCUCCUCGUCAGGACCGGACUGAGUUCCAUCGUAGACGCGGCCGAGGUGUUCCCGACGAUCAUCAAGACGGACUUGCACGCGUGCAUAAUCCACAUCUUUGCCACCAUACUCGCGACGCCUUCGUGCCAGGAGAUCAUCGUCCCACAGGCUCUCCCCAUAUUCAAGAGGUUCAUGGCGAGCAUGUCGGGCUCUCGCGGCUCGACCGAGGAGACGUCUGUCACAGACAUGCAGCUCCAGGGCUGCCUGCGCCGGUACCUCUCCAUCUACCUCAACGCGCAGAAGCGCGAGGCCCCGACUUCGCUGCAAUGUGUCAAGAACUGCCUCCUGGCGAUCACGAUCCUCUUCACCGGCGGAAGCUCGCGGCUCGCGGCCACCGACGGCCUCGUCGCGAAAUUUCUCGACGAAGUCGUCGACUGCCUAACCGAUCGCAUGACUGCCAAGAUCGCGGCGAACUGCAUCCGCACGCUGCUGCUGCAGCCGUCUCCGACGCUGGCGGACCAGUCCAUCGCGCGGUACCUCCUGCCGCGGCUGGUGGGGUUCGUGGUGGACACGGAGCGGGAGGACCCCGAAGGGGCGCGGGGGCUGGUGGCGCAGGCGCUGACGCAGUACGCGGCGACGCUGGGCGGAGGCGGGCACGCGCAGAUCGCCAUGUCGGUGGUGGCGCCAGCGCUGCUGGCGCGGGCAGCAGGGGAGGGGGCGGCGACGUACCAGGAGACGAGCGCGCGGCUGCUGGAGCUGGCGUCGGCGGACGCGGCGGGGUUCCGCGGCGUGGUGGCGGCGAUGAGCGACGGCCAGCGGGCCUUUGUCGAGGAGGUGAUCCGGUCCGGGCGGCAGGCGUCCGGGCCCGAGGAGGACGCGGACGCGGGCCAGCCGAGCAUCGCGCUCAAGAUGGACUUUGGCGUGGGGGGUGAGGGUGGAUAGAAGAGAAAUUAGAGAGAGCGAGCGGGCGGGCGGGUUUGGGAUAGCGAGCGGGUUUUUGUACAUGCGGUAUAGAGAUAUAGAUAGUGUAGAGACAAUACUACCC